GGCGAGGGGCGGAGACAAUGUAGCCAGGCUCCCGUUUCCUUUCCGCGCCGCGCGGAGAGGCGGAGAGAGAGCGCGAGCGCGCAGAGACGGAGGCAGCCGCGGCGCAAGCAGGUGUUGCUCUCCCAGGCAGCCGGCGAAGCCCCUCCCUCACCUGGACUGGGCCGUCCUGCCCCGUGAAGGUUAAUUUUUUAAUAAAUUAUUGUGGUGGUGGUUGUUUUUCUGUCCGGAGAACUCCCUCAGUUGUGUUAUGGUGAAGCAGUUCUCCACACCUGAGCGUGGCAUUGCUUCUUCCCUCAGCACUUAGAUGUGGUUUAGUUUAUUUCGUGGCAUUUUCCUUUUUUUUUUUUAAAAAAAAAAAACUAUUUUGGGGUCAGGGGUGCCAACUUGAAUAUUGUGGGGGCCCUGAAUGAUUGAUCACAUGACACGCCAUUUGAAUGGCAAUGCCCAUCAACUCUUUGGGGGCCCAGGUCCCUCAAAUAUUUUAUUGUGGGGGGCCAAAAGCCCCACUGCCCCUAGGAGUCAGCUCCUAUAUUUGGGGUCACCAGAAACUCUACUUUUGCCCCCAAUCCCCAAAUGGAUAAAUGUCAUGUGCAGCCUUGUGACAGCAUAAUGCUUAUUGAUAAUUGAACCUGUGCUUGCCAGUUCCUAGGGACAAGUAAUAGAGUUUCCCUGGGCUCAUCCAGUUGUCCAUCGUCAAAGGCAGCGAUAAGAGUUUAUAGUCCCUCCGUCUUUCAAGUCAAGUCAGUCACUAUCACUACCGCCAUCAUUCCUUCUUAUAAUGAAGUUGGAUGUGUGUACAUGGUCAUGGCCAAGGGGGGUCAGGGAGGGGCAGCUGCCUCCACCCAUCACGUAAAUCAAUGCAAAAUACUUAACCAACUGAGGUUCUGCCUCCCCCCAACACAAAGCCUGCCCCCCCAGCAUAAAUUCUGGCUACACCCAUGUGUGUGCGUCAGUUCAGAACUGAAGCAGGACCUCCCUGUAGUGAUUUCUGAAUUUGGGGGACUUAUUUCUGUUGUAAACAAAAUCUGCCCUUCUACCCAUAUGGGGUGUCCAAGAGCCCAUAUAGAGUCCUUACAUGGGUUCCCUAUUGGUAGGAAAAAAUAACAGAGGCCAACCAGAUAAUAUUGAGAAGCAAAGCAGCUAGUAAGCCUGAUCUUUAUUGAUCUGUUGCAACACGCAGGGAAGGAGGAGGACCCCAAACAAAGGUGUGCCUGCCCUUAUAUAGACAUUUUAAAUUCCCUGACCUGGAGCUCAAGACCACCCCUCCAUACAUCAUGCCUACAUCACAGAAGGGGUGUAACCCAAGACCACCCCCCUCAAACAUCAUACCUACAUCACAGAAAAGGCGGUCUACAACAGAAAUUUGAACGUUGUUGUUUUUCCUGUCUGUCAGGUUAUCUGAUAAUGCCUUAUCUGAUUGCCUUUCCUGGUGGUGUGUCACCCUUUGAAAUGGUGAUUACUAAAUUCUUGUAACAAUGGGAAGGUUCCCUGACCCCCUCCCUCCUUGCAGAGAAAACAUUUGGUCAGUUUGGGAGUCAAAAAUGGUUUUAGGUCCGUCUUCUUGUGCUGAUCUAUGUAUGUGCUUGGUUGGUACGUUUAUGAACAUUUAUUAUAUAUUUAAGACCUUAAAAAUCUUAUAACAUUUGCAAGUAGCAAGCAGGUUAUUUUUAAUGUCAAAAAAUAGUCCAAAAAGGACUUACUGUAUAUUCAAUGAACUACUAGGACCUAUGGAAGGGUGAGGGCAGUUGAGCCAUGGAAUGUUGAAGUUGCCAGUUGAAUGAAAUGAGGUGGUUUCAGGAGGGUGAGGAAGAAGAAAAAGAGGUGUGUCGCCCUCCCAUGAACCCUAAACAGCACUAUAAGGCUGUUGGGGAUGUAAUGCAACAUUUUGCUGGAAGUCCCCAUUGUUCCCUCUGACGCCUGACUUCUAAUGUCUGCUUGGAAGCAAAAUAGUGCCACUCACUUCCUGCAUAUGCAAGAAACCACCUGUCGGUUACCUGACAUCAUAAAAACAUCAGCCCCACUUCUCAGGACUUUAGAGUGUUGUGCAGGACUUUCAAACAAUGUAUUUUGCUUCGAAAGGCACGUUCUAGGAAGAAGACUCAGGCUGUGCUUUAAGAAGCUAUUGUUAUAUGGUACAAAUGAUCCUUCUUUGCAGAUUGUGCAAUGCAAUAUUUUACAGACAUUCCAUAAACUUCAUUUUAUGAACUUAAGCAAGGGGUGGGGAAGCAUGUAAACAUGUGCAAAGUUCCUUGCUUAAUGGGAAGGCUGGAACAUUCAAUCAAUGAUUCACAAGUAGUUGCUGUUCAUUUUUCUCUGUAGAAAGUUUGCCUGGGCCAUGGAAAGUUAUUCAGAUACAUUUGGAAAGGAUGACUCUGCUGAUGCCAAGUUACAAGAAUCCAGAGUAGUGACUGAAGAAGAAUGGCUGCAGAAAUGGGAAACUAACAAUAUUGGAUUUCAUAACGAGCAAGGACAUCCGUAUGUAUUCUAUCCUCCCAUUUUAUAAUAAAAAUUGUAGAGGUAUUUGGCUCUUUCUCUCACACAUGGCUUGUUUAAAAUACUGUGUUGACGACUUGUUUGUGAGCAAUACAGCAAUUUGUUCUGAAGUCUGUUAAUUCAAGGUGACUAAUCCAAAUCAGAUUUUUUUGCUUCACUGAAUCACAGGAUGCAGGGGGACUCCAACUUUUUUGGCACUUUUUUGGCACUGUAGCCAAAACGUCUUCAGUUUUGAAUAAGUUCUGUGGACACUAGUCUCAAAAUGGCUGCCAUGCCCUGGAGGCAUGGCAUAACACAAAAUUAUUGUUUAGUCGUUUAGUCGUGUCCGACUCUUCGUGACCCCAUGGACCAGAGCACGCCAGGCACUCCUGUCUUCCACUGUCUCCCGCAGUUUUUUAGUUUUUUUUAAAUGAUAUUUAUUAAAGUUUCAAAAAAUACAAGAAAUACAAAAUACAGAAAAAAGAGUAAAGUUUUUUAAAGUAUAACAAAAAAGUAAAGGAUAAAAAAGAAACAUACAAAAUAAAACAGUUAAAAAGACAUUAAUUUUCCAAACCUAUCUUCCCUAGACUUAUUUCCCCGGACCUCCUCAUACCUCCCUUUUUUGUAUUCCAGUUCAGUUUGUUAGUUCAGCAAAUCCUUACCAUUAAACUUUUGCCCAAUUGUAAACCUUUUUUCAUAUCUCUUAAAGCAUUACAGCUAAAAACCUCUUAGUUUCUAUCCAACAUCCUUCUAAGAUUCCUUAAUUUUACAAUAUUUCUGUAAAUAGUCUUUAAAUUUCUUCCAGUCUUCUUUCACCGACUCUUCUCCCUGGUCUCGGAUUCUGCCAGUCAUUUCCGCCAAUUCCAUGUAGUCAAUCACCUUCAUCUGCCAUUCUUCCAGAGUGGGUAGAUCUUGUGUCUUCCAAUACUUUGCGAUGAGUAUUCUUGCUGCUGUUGUAGCAUACAUAAAAAGGUUCUGUCCUUCUUUGGCACCAAUUGGCCGACAAUGCCCAGAAGAAAGGCCUCUGGUUUCUUCAGAAAGGUAUAUUUAAAUACCUUUUUAUUUCAUUAUAAAUCAUCUCCCAGAAAGCCUUAAUCCUUGGGCACGUCCACCAAAGGUGAAAGAAUGUACCUUCAGUUUCUUUACAUUUCCAACAUUUAUUGUCAGGCAAAUGAUAGAUUUUUGCAAGCUUGACUGGGGUCAUGUACCACCUGUAUAUCAUUUUCAUAAUAUUCUCUCUUAAGGCAUUACAUGCCGUAAACUUCAUACCUGUGGUCCAUAACUGUUCCCAGUCAGCAAACAUAAUAUUAUGUCCAACAUCUUGUGCCUCCACUGUCUCCCGCAGUUUGGUCAGACUCAUGUUUGUAGCUUCGAGAACACUGUCCAACCAUCUCGUCCUCUGUCGUCCCCUUCUCCUUGUGCCCUCCAUCUUUCCCAACAUCAGGGUCUUUUCCAGGGAGUCUUCUCUUCUCAUGAGGUGGCCAAAGUAUUGGAGCCUCAGCUUCACGAUCUGUCCUUCCAGUGAGCACUCAGGGCUAAUUUCCUUAAGAAUGGAUGCAUUUGAUCUUCUUGCAGUCCAUGGGACUCUCAAGAGUCUCCUCCAGCACCAUAAUUCAAAAGCAUCAAUUCUUCGGCGAUCAGCCUUCAUUAUGGUCCAGCUCUCAGAUCCAUACAUCACUACUUGGAAAACCAUGACUUUAACUAUACGGACCUUUGUUGGCAAGGUGAUGUCUCUGCUUUUUAAGAUGCUGAACACAAAAUUAGAACCUUGUAACCACAGCUCUCCCCCAGCCCUAGACAACCACAUGCUUGCAGGGGGAAGUCCUUAUGUCCUGUUGGUCCUAGUUGUGGAUAUCAUAAGAUAUUGAUUUCACACACACACACACACACACACACACACACACACACAGAUGCUGUUGUUGUCUAUCCCCUGUACCAGGAAAGAGAAAGAUAUGCCAUGUGACCACACCACACUCACAGUAAAAUGCUGUACACAGCACAUUCACGCCACAGAUCAUAGGCACACAUUCAUCUCUGCUGCUCUCUCUGUGUGUCCAUUUCUCACCCAUGUGUUCAUACUCAUGGUUCUCACACAUAUGCACAGCCAUACAUAUAUAUCUGCCUCUUUCUGUGUGUAUAUCUCUUUCUCUCAUAUAUCACACAUCCCUUCCUUUCCCUCCCUCCUUUUCUCCCUCUCAUCUCUCUCUCUCUCACACACACACACACCCCACACACACCCCUGUUGUGCAAAAAUCAACUCCCGGCUUUUCCUUUUUUUAUUCAACAAUAACAUCAGCAGGCUCAUUCAGAAAAUAAUAAUAAAAAGUUUUGUUGUUGCUAUUGUUAAAUGAUUAGAAGUCAGGAACUCAUGCCAAUCUAUCACAAACCACAGAGAGGUCUAUCAGUAGGACCCCCCCCCCCAUAGCGCAGUAGUAGAGGAGCUUCUUUACAUGCAUAAAGCUCCCAAGUUGAAUGCCUGGCAUCCAGGGUAAGGGCUGUCUAAAAACCUGGAAAACGGCUGCCAGUCAGUGUAGACAAUACUAAGCCAAACAAACCAAUGGUCUGGCUCAGUUUAAGUCACCUUCCUGUGCUUGUGUUCACCCCUGUUCCAGAGUGUCCCAAGUAUAGUUGCAAUGUGUUCUCCUAAUAGCCCAACUGCCCAAAUGCAAUCCUUGUUUCCAAGCACAAUUCAAAGUGUUGGUGCUGACCUUUUUUUUUUUUUUUUUUUUUUUUUAAUAAAUUUUAUUAAUUUUCCAAACAUAAGAUAAGAAAGCAAACAAUACACAAAACACCGACAUACAAACAUAUAAACAUGUAUAAUUUCAUAGCCAUUUUUCAUAAACCUUACUUUCCGGACUUCCCCAUACCUCCCCUUUUCUGCAUCCUUGUUUUAUAUUUCUUCAGCAACUCCUCAAUCAACUAAUUAUUCAAUUCAAUUUCUUUUAAGUUCUUCUAAUAUUAUUAAUUACAGCUGCAGUUCUCUGUUUCCCAACCCCUUGACAUUUUAACAUUCCUGAAUUUUACAACAAGUUCUAAGAUAAACUUUAAAUUUCUUCCAAUCUUCUUCCACUGUCUCUUUCCCUGGUCACGGAUUCUGCCAGUCAAUUCGGCCAGUCCCAUAUAGUCGAUCACCUUCGUCUGCCAUUCUUCCAGUGUGGGUAGUUGUUGUGUCUUCCAAUACUUUGCUAGAAGAAUCCUUGCUGCUGUUGUCGCAUACAUAAAAACGUCCUGUCCUUCCUUCUCACCAAUUGGCCGACAAUGCCCAAGAGAAAAGCCUCUGGUUUUUAGGGAAGGUCCAUUUAAGAACCUUCUUAAUUUCAUUAUAGAUCAUUUCCCAAAAAGCUUUUAUCCUCGGGCAGGUCCACCAAAGGUGAUAAAAAGUACCUUCAGUCUCAUUACAUUUCCAACAUUUGUUAUUGGGCAGAUGAUAAAUUUUUGCAAGCUUGACUGGGGUCAUGUACCACCUAUACAUCAUUUUCAUAAUGUUUUCUCUUAAGGCAUUACAUGCCGUAAAUUUAAUACCGGUGGUCCACAACUGUUCCCAGUCAGCAAACAUAAUGUUAUGACCGAUAUCUUGUGCCCAUUUUAUCAUAGCUGAUUUCACCGUUUCAUCCUGUGUAUUCCAUUUCAACAGCAGAUUAUACAUUCUCGACAGAUUCUUAGUAUUGGGUUCUAACAGUUCUGUUUCCAAUUUUGACCUCUCCAUCUGGAAACCUAUUUUCCUGUCCUGUUUAAAUGUCUCGUUUAUCUGAAGGUAGUGCAACCAAUCUCGCACUUUGGACUUUAAUUUCUCAUAGCUCUGUAAUUUAACUUUUUCCCCAUCUUGUUCUAGAAUUUCACAAUAUUUUGGCCAUUUAGACUCCAUAUUAAGUUUUUCACCUCUUUAGCUUCCAUUGGUGACAACCACCUGGGAGUUUUACUUUCCAAUAGAUCUUUAUACCGCAUCCAAACAUUGUAUAAUGCUUUCCUAACAAUAUGGUUUUUGAAACCUUUAUGCUGUUUUACCUUAUCAUACCAUAUAUAUGCAUGCCAACCAAAUCUAUUAUCAAACCCUUCUAGAUCCAAAAUAUCUGUAUUCUCAAGAAGUAGCCACUGUUUCAACCAGCAGAAAGCCGCCGAUUCAUAGUAGAGUCUUAAGUCCGGCAGGGCAAACCCCCCUCUAUCUUUAGCAUCAGUUAGAUUCUUAAAUUUUAUUCUGGGCUUUUUGCCCUGCCAGACAAAUUUAGAUAUAUCUUUCUGCCACUUCUUGAAACAGUCCAUCUUGUCCAAAAUCUGCAAUGUCUGAAAUAAAAACAACAUUCUAGGCAAUACAUUCAUCUUGAUAACAGCAAUUCGGCCUAACAAAGAAAGUUUCAACCUUGACCAUAUUUCUAGAUCCUUCUUUACCUCUGUCCAACAUUUAUCAUAAUUGUCCUUAAAUAAAUUCACAUUCUUAGAUGUUAAGUUUACCCCCAGGUACUUUACUUUUUCGUUAUCACUAGUCCUGUUUCAUUCUGAAACUUCUCUUUUUCGGCCAAUGUUAAAUUUUUAUCCAACACUUUCGUUUUCUGUUUGUUCAGUUUAAAUCCUGCUACUUGACCAAAUAUCUCAAUUAGUUCUAAUACUCUUUUAGUACUAGUAUCUGGCUGUUGCAAGGUCAAUACUAGGUCAUCUGCAAAUGCCCUUAACUUGUACUGUUUGGCUCCGACUUGUACUCCUUUAACCAACUGGUCUCCUCUAAUCAUAUUUAACAAAACCUCCAGGACUAAUAUAAACAAUAGAGGGGAUAUUGGGCACCCCUGUCGUGUACCUUUUUCUAUAGGUAUUUCUUCCGUUACCACAUUGUUUACAAUUAACUUUGCUUUUUGUUUAGAGUAUAUUGCACCUAUACCAUUUUCAAACCCUUGACCUACCCCCAUCCCUUGGAGAUUCUUCUUCAUAAAACUCCAACCAAUAUUGUCAAAGGCUUUCUCCGCGUCCACAAAAAUUAAAACAGCCUUCCUAUUAAUGUCCACUUCUAACAGUUCCAAAAUGUCUAUAAUGUUCCUCACAUUGUCCGACAUAUAUCUCCCUGGAAGAAAGCCAGUUUGGUCUUUAUGAAUCUCCCCUAGUGUUGGUGCUGACCUUUAAAGCCUGAAACAGCCUCGGCUCUGUAUACCUGAAGGAGCCUCUCCAGCCCCAUCGUUCAGCCUGGACACAAAGGUCCAGCUCCAAGGGUCUUCUGGCAGUUCCAGAGAACCAAGCAGAAUUCUGCUUCUUGGUAGUGGCGCCUGCCCAGUUAAACACCCUCCCAUCACAUAUUAAGGAAACAAACUAUUUGAUUUUUAGAAGCUAUCUGAAGGCAGACCUAUAUAAUAAUUUUUAUUUUAUUUUAUUUUAUUUUUUAUACCCUGCCCAACUGGCUGUGGUUCUCCAGCCACAGGGAUGUUUUUAAUGUCUGAUGGAGCGUGAGAGGCAGAAGGGCACCAAUGUCUGAUGUUGUAUUACGUUUUUAAUAUUAUGUUUUAAUAUUUUGUUGGGUGCUGCCCAGAGUGGCUGGGGCAACCCAAUCAGAUGGAUGGCAUUUAAAUAUUAGUCGUAGUUGUAGAAACUUGGAUGGUUUCAUUUAUUGUUUGUUUGAAGCUGUCCUUUGCAAUAGUUGCAGUGGUUAAAGCAAUUAAGCUUUCCCCUCAUAAGCUAUGAUUAUGUUCCACUUGUAUACUCAGUCAGUAAAAAUAAGAUAUGCUCUUAAAAUAAUUUCUUUUCUUCUGCAGUCUCCUAAAGAAGUAUAUGGAUAUAUUUCUCGAUGGCAGGAGUGGACUGAAGAUAUUUUUCCCACUUUGUGGCAAAACCAUUGAAAUGAAAUGGUAACUGACACACCGCUCGCUUUCAGAAACUUUAUCUUAGUAGCUUGCUUUUUAAAGGGGUUCUGCUGGGUUAAACCACAGAGCCUAGGACUUGCUGAUCAGAAGGUCGGCGGUUCAAAUCCCCGCAACGGGUUGAGCUCCCAUUGCUCGGUCCCUGCUCCUGCCAACCUAGCAGUUUGAAAGCACGUCAAAGUGCAAGUAGAUAAAUAGGUACCGCUCCGGUGGGAAGGUAAACGGUGUUUCCGUGCACUGCUCUGGUUUGCCAGAAGCAGCUUAGUCAUGCUGGCCACAUGACCCGGAAGCUGUACUCCGGCUCCCUUAGCCAAUAAAGCAAGAUGAGCGCCGCAACCCCAGAGUUGGUCACGACUGAACCUAAUGGUCAGGGGUCCCUUUACCUUUACUGAGUUGGAGGAGAUACUGCUGCAAUUUUAAAUGCCUUAAUGCUGUGCCUAGUCAAUCCACAAGGGAAUCCUGUGCAUUCUCCAUUGAAAUGAAUGAGAUUAUGAGCAAGAUUAUGAGCGUUCAGGCCAAGCUCUCAACAGGUAUCCAUAGGACUCAGCUGACCAUUCUACAACCAUAGAGAGGUAUGAUGCCUGGUGUUUGGAACAAAUGGAAACCUGAAUAAGUUGGGAUAUGGCUAAUUGUUGUGAUGCUGGACUCUUCAGUCCAUCCAGAUGCAAAUGGGUUUGGGAUGCAUUAAGGUGGUCUGUCCAUGUUGGGUUCAUAAUCAAGUUUUUACCCAAAUGAAUCUUUUCAUUUUAUUUUUAUUUUGUAAGCCACAGACGCUUGCACAGCUUGUUAUACAUCUCACUUUAUAUCUGAAAGGCAUAGGCAAACACUCAGAAAGAACAUCCGUGAUGUUAGGAUGAGAGGCAGAUUUAGGGGAGUCCGCACUAGGUGCAGAGCCCAGGAGCACUGCAGGAGGUUCUGUUAUUUAGAAUGGAGCGUGAGAGGCAAAGGGGCACUGAAUUUUGGGAUCCCAGGGUCUUCCACUGUUGGGACAGUAAUGCAAGCAUCCACACUUUUUUCAAGGAACAGAGCUGGUUUAGAUGAUAGGGAAGUGACUUUCAAAAUUUAAAAGAGAAUGAUUUAGCCAAAUUUCAUUGUGGUCCUUAAAUCAGAGAAGAUGUCACCACCACACUUUGUAUGUAUGCAUUUCUGUACAUGGAGCCUUCCCGGCUCCACAGGGAAACGUGGGGAGCCCAUGUCUUGAGAUUCUUUGCCUUUACAUGUCUUCUCCUAGUCAUAGAUGUGUGCACCAUUUUCAUGAAUGCCCAGGGGGCUAACUAAAGAUGACUAGCAAGUACAUAAAGAGGUGAGCUUAGAAAGUAGCAUCUCAGAAAGAAAAGCAGCUUGCACGAGAACAGAAAAGGAGGUGGACACCAUCACUCAUAGUUUCUCUGCUUAAAAUUCCCUACUCCCAGUGGUACACUUCUUUGCUUUAAAAAGCAACAGUCCUGUGUUGGGGUUCCCUUGCACAUACCUGCCUAUCCUCAGACACUGGUGGUUGAGGUGUGGCCCUGCAGAGCACCAGCCACGUAGACUUUGACCAUUUUUUCUUUGUCGUUGUUUUAAAAAAAACAGUAAUAAAGCAUAAGUAAACUUGCUGUCUUGUCAACAUGUAGGUUAGCUGACAUGGGGCACCAAGUCGUUGGUGUGGAAAUCAGUGAAAGUGCACUGAAGGAUUUUUUCACAGAACAAAAACUUACAUUUUCGGAAGAAGCCAUUCCAGGCAUCCCUGGUAAAUUACUGAAGGUAUGUAUUGGGGAUCGAGGAGAUGUUCAUUUUAAUGUGAAUAUACCUAAUUCACACUCCCUUAAUCAAUACAAGAACCGAAACGCAACCUUCUUUGAAAAUUUUUAUUUCUCCAAAUUUCCUGGUGCAGUUUGUGGGAGCUAAAGUAUGCAUGGAAAUGUAUAUAUUAGCAAAAAUAAUAUACAGUACAGGGAUGCAUUAUUAGGAGAAAUUUAUUACAAAAGUGCACACAAAAAUAUGAAUUUUAGGAGAAAUGCCAGCAAAAAAGCAUACAAUGUUUUGUGUGGAUUUUUCAAAAAAUAAUUCACAAACUGAUGCAGAAAUGAGGUGAAAUGGAUUUAAGUAACUCCAUGCAUUAGAUUGUUUUAUGGUUGUCUAUUUAAUUGUUAAUUUUCGAUAAAAAUGUCUUACUAAUUGUUCUUUCUGCCUUGUUGUUUUAUUUAAAUAAUGCUAACUCAAUGUUAUCCCUAUUUCUCACUGUAGAGCACAACUGGAAAUAUUUCUUUGUACUGUUGCAGUAUUUUUGACUUCACCAGGUAGGAACAAAAUGAUGACUCUGAAUAUUUCUGCAAAUUAGAAUGGCACUAAGCUCUGUUUGAUCUGAACCCAUCAAAUAUUUCCUAAGAAGUAAGGACAGACAUUCAGAAUAUGCUGGAUAGAGCAUAUUUUUCAUCUUAAUGUGGUAAUUGCUGAUGCGUCAUUAUUUCCAGAACAGGGAGGUAUCUUUUCCAAUUAAUUAUGAUUCAAUUUCCAGUUUGCAAGAUUAAAUAUCUCUUGUGAACACUGAAAGUUCUUCAGUGCAGUUACAUGUACACAGAUUGCAAUACUAUUGGCUAAGAAUUCUUGGUGCUGCCCAUAAUCUUUGUAAAACUUACCUUUGACUUGAGUAGUAUGUGGCCUGCACCCCCAGACCUGAUAGUCAAAUUUCCCUAGCUGGGUUUAAAUCUCUGAUCAGUCAAUUUUGUUCCUAAAUAGAGUGGACUGAUUAGGUGGACCGAAUUAUGAUCAUCUCCUUCGUUUCAGCAUGAGAUCUUUAAAUAGCAUUGUAUUACUUUUACUCUCAUCAUUCUGUUUAGUAACUUAAGGAAAUUCCUGGAAUGACAGUUUCCAUCUCCUCAUCCCAGCAGCUCCCUGCAUGCUUUGUACACCCCAAAAAGCCUCUAAGGAGGAUUGGACGUCCUCUUGAACAAUGUGGGGUGGAACACAGGGGAUUGCUGAAAGGGGAAGGAGAAGUCAAAAGCAGAAAAAGUUCAUUCCAUGAACUUGUUUUUGUUCAUGGAAGGCGUAGCCACUUUCAUAUGGGGUGGUUGCUUUCCCAUGUUUACAGGAUGCAGCCUGUUCAUUUUGACCUUCAGCUUCACUGAAUGCUCUGGAUGAAAAUUCCAAUUGCAUCAUCUGGGUGGCUCUUGCUUAAGCAGACUGAGAGCUCUGUGCAGUAAUUUAAAACCCCACUGCUUUUUUAUGCAACAUCUGUCUUUUCUGUCUAGAUCAUAAAACUGUGGUUGUUACAGCUUCUGAUAUGCAAUGCUUCCUCCCUCUCUCCUGCUCCUUGUAGCACCAUCACUGGCAAGUUCGAUGCGAUUUGGGACAGGGGAUCUCUAGUUGCUGUUAACCCUUGUGAUAGAGAACGGUUAGUAACUAUCGCUGAAAUUUAUACUCUGUUGAUGUUGAUACCUACUCUCCGUCCUUUGCUAAAGCCUCUGGCUUUAAGGAAAGAAUAAUUUCCUCUUUGGCAUCAUUGAAUAACUUGUACAAGCCACUCUGCCACUUGAGGCUACUCAAGUUCCAUAAUACCCAGUUCCAUAAUACAGUGGUACCUCGGGAUGCGAACGGGAUCCGUUCUGGAGCCCCAUUCGCAUCCUGAAUAGAACGUAAGACGCGACUCCACAUGGGCGGGUUGCGUUUUGCCGCUUCCGCACAUGCACGUGACAUCAUUUUAAGCGUCUGCACAUGCGCGAGCAGCAAAACCUGGAAGUAACACACUCUGUUACUUCCAGGUUGCCGCGGAGCGCAACCUGAAAGCGCUCAUCCUGAAUCACAUUCAACCCGAGGUAUGACUGUAAAUGGAAUAGCAAUGGAAAUCCCUGACUUGUUGAAGUUAAGCCUAAAGCAGUUGCCUCACACACCAGCCCAACAGGCAAGGGACCACAUGGAGUGUGGGUGAAGUGCUUAUUUCCAGGCCAGAAGGUCUGACCUUUUAAGGGACUCUGGUUUUAAAAGUGGGGCAGGGCCUACGAGAGGUGAACUGGAGGCAGAGGCUCAGGUUUGUCCAUUUCCCAUUCUGUAACAAUACUCUGUACUUUGUUGUUACAGAGCUCCACUAAAGAUGAACCCACAAAUGUCAAAGUUUUGUGCUAGAUUUUGGGAGAUAAUAGAGCUUUGUUACAGUGGCCCUGCAAUGGAGAUUUGUUACAGUACUGGGGCAAUCCUUUCUUUGUUAGGGAGAUUGCUUGUUAAUGGCCCAAAAUGAGCAUGUUUCCUUGAUGAGAACAAAUGCCCAGAUAGGUUUGCAAGGAAGAAACUGAGUGGAGUAGCAAAUCUGCUACUUCCAUAGAAGUGCAAAUGCUGCUUUUCUCCAGUUAGCAUUUAUCUCUUUGUAAAUAAACCAAGUAUUUUUAAAAGGCCGUAAAACUCAAGUUCCCUCUCCUCCAAAGGGAACUGAAUCCAGGAAGGUCUUACUGCUUGGGGAAGGUGGAACUGUGUGAUUGUGUUAAAAUCCACUGCCUGAAGUGACACAGUGCUUGGGCUUCUUAAUUUUCUUUUUAGCUAUAGCCAGUUGAUAUUAUCACUAAUGAACAGCAGGUGUCAUUGUCUACUAGCAACCUGUUUAUAUGAUCCAAGCAAACAUAAAGGUAAGAUAUUAUGACUGAAUUCCAUCUUGACAUUGUGAAAAUCCUACUUAUAAAUCAUGCAGCCUGGUUUCUUGGGAAAGGGUGACCUUUUGUGACUAAAGAUGAUUAUGGAACUCAGGCAUGGGCCCAACAUGAGAUUGUGAGGCAGCACAUGUUCAGCAAGACUGAAAAGUCAGGUUUCCCAAAUGUCUGUUGGUCUGUGAUCCCAGUGCACAUUUGAUUUUCCCCAUUAUUACUUGCCUACUUUUUCAUUCUAAAAUUGGGCUCCAGGCAACUUAUAAAAAUUCUAGUUAAAAUACAAUGGAGAAGGUUAUAGCUCAGCAGUAGAGCAUCUGCGUGGGAUGCAGAGAGUCCCAGGUUCAAUCCCUGGCUGGAAAUGGCCCUGUGUGAAAUCCUAAACAGCUGCUGCCAGAUGUUGUAGACAAUGCUCAGCAUAAGGCAGCUUUCUAUGUUCCUGAUUCAAUGCAAAAACAAGAUAGUGGGUCAAGGAAUAACAACAUAAAAGAAUGCGAUGUGGAUUUCUACUGCCAGUUGAUUGCAAAAAGAUGCAAUUAAUGUUAAUAUUUAGGGAUCAGGAGCAAGCCACUGUACAAGGCUUACCCAUGCAAUUUCCCACUUUCUCAUAAAUUGCACCCAUCCUUCUAAACUAGGUUUGGCAGUAUAAGUGGCCCUCACCAAACUGGCUUGAAAUUUAACAGGUUGCAUAUGUAAACUUGUGUAGGGUUCUUAAAGUGAGUUUAUCGCCGUACUUAGUUUGAUUUCUCCUUAUUAAUUGGUUGGUUUCUUUUUCAGGUCCACCCUUCUAUGUUCCUGAUUCUGAAGUGAAACAUUUAUUUGGUAAGUCAGCUGAACAAUGGUUUUGACUUUUGUCAAAAUGCAUGUGGCAGACCCAGCGUGCAUUCACGUUGUAGGAGCAAACUGGGUGUUUUUCCACUGACAAAAGACAGUGACGCUGUUUGAGAAUGUUUGCUUUCUAAGCAGAAUCCAAUGGCAUGCGGAGUCUGAAAAUAGACACCAGAAAUGUAUCAGAGCCCUCAAAAAGCAUUACUUCCCCAAUUUCCUUUUUCUGCUGAUUAUUUUGUGCUAGGGAAAAGAAACUUGAACCUGCACGUCUAGUCUAACAGAUCCUGUCUCCUUGUGAUGCAAGGUUACCUUCAAUACGGAGCCCUAGUAAUUUAACCUAAAUUCUUGGACCAUUCCUUAUUCUCUUUAAAUGUUUCAGAUUGCCAACCUGCGCAUAAAGGUGGCAUCCUUCAUCUUGCUUCUCCCUAAUUUCUUUAGACAAUGCCUGCUCUGUGGAUUUGAACAUGGUGGUGCUGUUCCAGUUUCAUCUAAGUCUGGCUCCAGCCUGUGCAAUCUGCACAUCGUCACACAAUUCUCUCCACUGCUAUCAGCAGAUGCAGGAGUUAUACCCUAAUAAAAAUACUGGUUCUGCUAUCCUUGUCACUGCCAGGAGUGCUGUGGCUGCCUACUCUGGUUUCUUACUGCACAAUAUGUGCACACAGGGUAAUGUGAUCACUGUAUACAAGGAUCACGGUGUUUGUAAAUGCAGCCUCACUGUGUGUGUUUGUAUCCCAUAGCCCUUUUAUCAUAUAUGUGAACAAUGCAGCGUGCCUUUUUGCUCGCGUGAUUUGGAGUCAAACUGUGCAGGCAAAGAAACAUAUUUCACCUGUCUUUAGAUUAACCACAGUUUGUUGGGGAUGGAUGACCUGACAAGCAGCAGCUAAUCUAAACUGGAAGGGAAAGCUUCCAAACUCCUCAUGGCUACACAGAAGAAAAAAGGAGGGGAGCACACUAAACUUGAUGUGGCUAAUUCUCAUCAUGCUCAACUAUUAUUUGACUCAGGGGUAGCCUGUGUGGUGUUCUCCAAAUACUGGGGACUACAACUCCCAUAUCAGCUCCAGCCAGGAUGGGAUGAUGGGAGUUGUAGUCCAUCACCUCUGAAGGGCGCCACAUUGGCUAACUUUGUUUUAGCGUGGCAUCCAAAUGAGACCAUUCAUGGCUGUUGCGAGGGCUUAACUUCUACUUGCUUAAAUGAAUGAAUGGCCCAAGUAAGAAGACUUUGUCUCUAACAAAAUUUAUCCCUGGCAAAACACAAAGCAAGCUUUACUUGUCCGUCUCUAGAUCAGUAAUUUCUUGUUCUUACUUUCCUUUCAGGCAAAUCCUGUGAUAUUACAUGUCUUGAAAAAGUCGAUGGCUUAGCAGAGAGGCCUAAAAAGUGGGGUUUAGAUUACUUUUGGGAGGUGCUAUACAUGCUUGUGUUAAAAUAGCCAAGAAAGAUAAUAAGCAUCUUGGGCUGCAGGUCUGUACUCAAUUACCUUGAAAUAAGUCCCACUGAAUGGAGAACUCUUCAGAGUAAACAUGUAUAAGAUUUUCCUGUUAAACGUGGGAGGGUGCAGCUCUUUACUGAACAUUUGAACAUUAUUCAAAAUGAAUAAUUCUCUAGCUAUUAGAUUUGACUUAUAAAAUCUGUACUUCAAACUCAUUUUAUGUGAAUUUCCAUAUAAAAGUCACAUUAUUUUUGUC